AUGAACGACCCCAUCUUCCCUCGUGCGGCCACGCUCUCCACAAACCGAUUCUGCUUCUACCACUGCAUUCCGACAUCUGGAGGCUCCUCCUCCGCUCUUCAGGCAGCUGCCAACAACCAGGACACGCAGGCCCUGCUCAACGGUGGAAGCCUCAUCGAUGCAGCCUGCAUCUCCGUGCCCGAGGAGAAGCUCCCAGAGGCUAUGAGCACAGACGGCAAUGGUCGAGAUGCACAGUUGGAAGCCUGA